AUGAAUGGGCAGUUAGUGUCAAAAUAUGAAACUACCGAAGGUAUUGAAGCAUUUGAAAUGUUGAACGGUAGAAAUAAAAAGAACGAGAAAGACGAUCAGUCGAAGCUAAGUGAAUGCCCACAUGUUUCCUCACAGAUGGAAAGAAGAAAUGAAGAGAAGUUAAAAUCCCUAAUGUCAAAAUCGACCUCCUACUUUGUUGCACCGCCUGGGUUCGUCCAUUUGAGAAGAGCAUUUCCUUUACGAAAAGGUGGAGACAUUGAGAUAAUAAUGAUACUCUCAAGUCAAAUAAGACCACAAAAAAAUUUAACAAGAAGUGGCAUCUUGCCCACUGUUUUAAAUACCCUAUCACAAAACAAGGAAUCAAGUAAAUUAUACCAGGCUCUACUCGGCAAUGAAGCAGUAGCAUAUAAAAUGUCACCUAUCACAUCCACCGCCCAAAUUACAAAUGCGGAGGACAUUUUGACUUUCCCACCUAGCAAUUGCCUCAGCAUCUCAAACUUUAUUUCUGGUUUUCAAACAUCCUUCUGUGCACCUGAUGUUGUACUUCUGCCCGUAUUGCUUGUGCCAACUCCAGUAUCACCCCAGUCUAAAGCGUCACGUCAAAGUGAAGCAUUGGGUAGGAGCGCAAGUUAUACUCGAUUUUUUCAUGUGCUUUUAAUAACAUCAAACCGUUUCUUUUUAACUGUCAGUAAAUCUAUUUGCUUCAAGACUUCAUCAGAUAUGGCGAAGACUGUCAUUUAUCCUUUAGCAAAUUCACCUGCCUUCAACAUCACUGAAAUUCAAUUCACGCCGUUAUUCUGUGAUGGUGAAUACGAAGAAGAAGUAGGUAUCAGUGAAUUCAUCCCUUGUUGCUUGCACAGAUUAUGGGUUUCAAGAGCCAGGCAUCAUCAUGGCAUUGGCUGUGACCGGACACGAUUCGACCUAAAUAGAGAACAUCCUAUUCGAACUCUGGCAAACAUGGAAACAUUUACAGCAGACUCAAAGAUGUUUAAAAGUGAAGUAGUUUUAGCCUGA